AUGGGGGCUGACGCCGCUGGCGGCGGAAGCGGCAGCGUCAGAGGCGCAGGCGGCCUCCGCGGCGGAAGCAGUGGCGCCACAGACAGUGGCCUCGAGGUCGCCAAGGGGCCAGUGGCGGCGGCUUCAGAGGCGGCACAAGCGGCGUCGGUGGCGGCGCAGACGAUUUCAGCGGCGGAACCAGCAACGGCUCUGACGACGGCGUCAACGGUGCAAGCGGCCUCGGCGCACAAUGGCGACGGUGCAGACGGCAGCGGCUUCAGCGGCGGCGGUAGCAGCGACGGUGCAGACAGCGGCUUCGGCGUCGCAAACGGCGGUGCAGACGGUGGUGGCUCCGACCGAACAAGCGGCAUCGGCGGCGGCGCAGGCAGUGUUGGCGGCGGAAGGGGCGGUGACACAGACGACGGUGUUAGCGGUGCAAGCAGCACUGGCGCAGACAGCUGGGCUGCACAAGCGGCGACCGCUUGGGCGUCCAAGGCUCAAGCGGCGGCGGCGGCGGCGGUAGCAGCGGUGGAGCACAUAGUGGCGUCGGCGCAGACUGCGUUGGCUGCACAAGCGGUGUUGGCGACUCAAGCGGCGGCUGCGGCGCAGAUGGCAGCAACGCAGAUGGCGGCGGCGGGGGCUGCGCAAGCGGCCGCAGCGGGAGCUCGAGGGCCAGCAACUGAGGAAGGGCAGAGUUAUGGACACGGGCAUGGACACUCUUGGCCCACUGAAGGAAAUGAGCACCCUGCCAAACAGCAGCUUGUCCUUUCCUUGCCUGAUCAUUUCCGUCUUGGCCCUCAUGGGAUUGAAGUUCUGUGGAAGCUUCUCAUUUUAACUGCCUUCUUGGGAACUUGUGCCUUUCUCAUUUACCUCUGGAGAACCAUCCUCGCUAUAAAGCCUCGACAAUAUGAAGCUACUUUAGACCAAAUCAAGAUGAAGAUUAAUGACCUUAAAAAUGAAAACGGGGAUCUUCAAAAAAACAUAGCGAGAUGGGAGGAGAAGAUCAGGGAAGCAAAGAAGCAAGCAGAAACAAAGAGAGAACAUCAGCUUUCCCUUGCUGAAGUAUGUAAAUUAAAAGCCCAAGAUGUACUGGCGGAUCAAAAGCUGAGAGCCUUGACAUCAAAAAACCAAGAACUGAAAGAAAGGAAAACGUUCCUGGAAGACUGGGGUAAUGCCCCGAGUUCUCAGAAAACAGCUAAAGAAGCAGAAUUGAACCUGCUAAAGAAGAAAUUGGAUAUGGCGGUGAAGUUCUCUGAAAAACAAAAACUGACUGCAGAAGAGAAGCUAGAAGAGACACUGUAUGAAUUGAAUGCAACUAAGAAUGAGCUGUUAGCUGCCGAUAAAUAUCUGAAAGUAACUGAAGAAGAAAUGGAGAAGUACAGACAAGAAGUGGAAGAAAUGCGAAAUCAGUUGCAGGAGUCUGACCUCACCUUCAACUACAAGGUAACCUGA